CUCUCUCUCUCUCUCUCUCUCUCUCUCUCUCUCUCUCUCUAAGUAGUCCAUUUUCCCGGAAUCCAAACAACCCCAUUGCGAAAUCAGUUCGCCCCCUUCUUGAUCCCCCCACAAAUGGAUUCGCGGGAAGUUCCGCAGCAACAGCCGCCUCAGCAGCCGAACAUGAUGGUGGGCCCAUCUUCAUAUCCCUCCUCUAUGCCCACCGCCAACAUAAACCCUAAUUCGGGCUCCAUGAUGGGCGCCCCCAACCCGGGACGCUUCCCUUUCAACGCGGUGGCCCAGCAGCAGCAGCAGCAGCAGCAGCAACAGCCCACUUCGAAACCGCAGAUGGAUUCUCUGAGCCCCAGCCCCUACGAUGGGUCGUUGAGGCCGUGCGGCAGCGGCGGACCGUUCAACAUCGACUCUUCUUCGGCUUCGGCUGCCAAGAAGAAGAGAGGGCGGCCCAGGAAGUACUCGCCUGACGGCAACAUUGCCUUGGGAUUGACGCCCACGCAGAUUCCUUCUUCGGCUUCGGCCGCACCUGGGACCCAUGGAGAGUCUAGUGGCACGAUGUCUUCGGAGCCCCCAGCCAAGAAAAACCGGGGGAGGCCCCCAGGUUCGGGCAAGAAGCAGUUGGACGCAUUGGGAGCUGGCGGAGUUGGAUUCACACCUCAUGUUAUUAUGGUGCAAGCCGGUGAGGAUAUAGCAGCAAAGGUUAUGGCCUUUUCACAGCAGGGUCCGCGCACAGUUUGCAUUCUCUCUGCAAAUGGUGCCAUCUGCAAUGUUACCCUUCGCCAGCCAGCAAUGUCUGGUGGUACUGUCACAUAUGAGGGUCGAUAUGAGAUUAUUUCCCUGUCAGGUUCCUACUUGUUUUCUGAAAAUAAUGGGAAUCGCAGCAGAAGUGGUGGUUUGAGUGUAUCCUUAGCAGGGUCUGAUGGUCAAGUUUUGGGAGGUGGAGUUGCUGGCAUGCUUGUGGCAGCAUCACCAGUACAGGUGAUUGUGGGUAGUUUCAUUGCCGACGGGAAAAAAUCCAACCCCAACUUGGUAAAGUCGGGAACUUCCUCUCCCCCAGCAUCACAAAUGUUGAACUUUGGUGCGCCAAUGACAGCAGCCAGCCCGUCCUCUCAAGGAGGAGGAUCAAGCGAGUCGUCAGACGAGAAUGGCAGCAGUCCUCUCAACAACAGCAACAGGGGACCUGUGCUCUACAGUAAUGCAAAUCAACCGAUUCAUAAUAUGCAGAUGUAUCAAUUAUGGGGUCAAGCUCAACAAUGAAGAAGACGAUGAUACUUCCUAGCCGGUUACAAGUAGAGCAACCGCAUUUGACUGAUUGCGUUCUUAUUUCAAAUGCCGAUUGAUAUCCUCCAUUGUUAGAAGCAACUCCGAGUCUGAGGGGCUUAUUUAGUUCUAGAUUAUUGAGUUUUUCGUGUUAUGGUAGUUAACAUUUUUUUCUUCGUCUCUCUCCCUCUCUACAUAUGAUUGAAACAUGGCUAUUGCUGAUGGCUGAGAAUACGCCGCCUGUUCUUUACCUUCUCAUGAGUUGAAAUUUGCAUUUUAAAUA